CCUCCCGCCGACUGGCGGCCAUGACAAAACUGAAACCUGAUUGCAGAAGCGUUCUCAGCAAGCAAUCCAGACAAUGGGAGUCCACGGUCUCUGGGAACUACUGGCCCCCGUCGGCCGCCGCGUCUCUGUCGAGACUCUAGCCGGAAGAAGACUAGCAAUCGAUGCUAGCAUAUGGAUGAUACAGUUCAUGAAGGCAAUGCGAGACGAGAAGGGAGAGAUGGUCCGCAACGCGCAUUUGCUCGGCUUCUUCCGCCGAAUUUGCAAGCUGUUGUACCUGCGGACCAAGCCGGUGUUUGUGUUUGACGGCGGAACCCCGGCCCUCAAGCGCCGGACUGUGAUCGCUCGGAGAAGACAGCGGGAGAACGCCCAGUCCAAGCUUCGCAAGACCGCCGAGAAAUUGCUUCUUAAUCAUCUUAAGGCGAUGAGGCUGAAAGACUUGACUGCGGAUAUCAAGAACCAGAGGCAGAAGAAUGAUGCCGAGAGUAAAGAAGGUCUAACAGAUCAGACUGGUAGGAUGGCAGAUAAUAGUUUAGAAGAAGACAACUUGGGCUUGCUGAGUAGCAACCAGGAAAAGCUGGAUGAAAUGUUGGCAGCAUCCAUCCAGGCCGAGGAAGAAGGGGGUUUUAUAAAGAAUGCAUCACAAUCUACCGCUGCUGAGGGUGGUGAAGAAGAUGAUGAAGAGAUGAUACUACCAGAGAUGGAUGGGGAAGUUGAUCCAGCUGUAUUAGCUAGUUUGCCUCCAUCAAUGCAACACAGACUUCUUUUGCAGAAAAAUAAGGAGGAAAAUGAUGCUAAGGGUAAGAAGAUUUUGUCAGAUGAAACUGAGAUGGUGGGUAUCAAUUCAGAAAACUUCGACGCAGUCUCAAGGAGUUGCAAUCAAGAAAUGAUAGAUGAAAUGAUUGCUGCAUCUAUUGCGGCAGAGAAGGAUGCUGGUGUAACUAAUAAUGCGUCAACAUCAACUGCUUCUAUUCUUGUGGGGGACGAUAUAUAUGAAGAUGGCGAUGCCGAUGAAGAGAUGAUAUUGCCUCCACUGCAUGGUGAAGUUGAUCCAGCUGUAUUAGCUGCAUUGCCCCCAUCAAUGCAACUCAAUCUUCUUGUUCAAAUAAGAGAGAGGUUGAUGGCAGAAAACAGACAGAAGUAUCAGAAAGUCAAAAAGGACCCUGAAAAGUUCUCUGAGCUGCAAAUACAAUCCUAUCUUAAAACUGUAGCUUUUCGUCGCGAGAUAGAUCAAGUACAGAAAGCUGCCUCUGGGAGAGGGGUUAGUGGUGUGCAGAGUUCACGAAUAGCAUCCGAAGCCCACAGAGAAUUUAUCUUUUCUUCAUCAUUUACUGGUGAUAAACAAGUAAUUGCAUCUGCAAGAGCUGAUAGAAAUGGAGAAAAGCAACAAGCACCCAAAGAGUGUCCUUCAAAUUUCAGGAACAGUGCUUCGUCUACCAGUAAUGUGAUUGGAUCAGCUCCAGAUGAAUCCACAAGUGUUUUUGAUGACAACAUUGAGACAUAUUUGGAUGAGAGGGGCCAUCUUCGAGUCAGUAGAGUGAGAGCUAUGGGGAUGCGUAUGACCCGUGAUUUACAGAGGAACUUGGAUUUGAUGAAGGAGAUUGAACGGGAGAAAACAAUUGCAAACAAGACGACUGACACUAGGGAUAUGCUCAACGAAAAUAACAUUGACAUUUUGAAAAGUUCACGUAGAUAUAGAACAGUCACAGAAAUACCAAAAGGUGAUAAUGGUGAUUCUGUUGAUACUGGAGGGGUGAGAAGGCAUCCUGGUCAAAACAAGGUUGACUCCUCACUUGGUGAUAAUAACUCAAAUGACAGAAAUAAUCACUCUAUGUUAAAACUUGAAACUCCUAUAGAAAUAUCCAUUGAAGACAAUGGCGAGAGCAAGUCUUUUGAUGGUGAUCAUGAUUUUUUUGCUUCAUUAGUAGCAGGAAAUCCUGUAACUAUUGAUGCUAAUGAUAUAUUAAAAAAGCAUUCUUCUGGGUCUGACUCAGACUGCGACUGGGAGGAAGGGAUUGUUGAAGCAAAAGGUAGCAGUUUUCCUAAUGAUUCUGAAGUUAAAAGUAAGGUGCCCGGCGAUAUUAAUGAUGACAGUGAAGUGGAAUGGGAGGAAGGAGUUUGUGGUAGUGCUGAAAAUACCUCAUCUGUUCCUGGUGAGCAUGGAAAAGCAAAUUCUAAAGGUUAUUUCGAAGAAGAGGCUAGUUUGCAGGAGGCAAUACGGAGAAGUCUUGAGGAUAUGGGGAGUGACAAGUGUAAUUAUGGAUCACCUGCUGAUGAAAAGUUGCAAUGUUUUGGACGAGAGUCUCAUAAAGGUGCUGAAUGUAUUGAUAGAGAAAUUAAGAUAGUUGAGCCAUUUUUGUUGGGGAACAUUGGUACUCAACAAAAUGAAUCAUCCUUUGACAUUGGUGAUGGAGUUAAAAAGACGAACUUGGGUUCUCCUCCAGCACAAGCAAUGCAGAAUGUAAGUGAAAAGGAAAAUUUCUGUGGAGGAGUGCAAUGCACAACAUCUAUUACUCCGUCAGCGACAAAGGAGGUCCAUGUGAUUACUGAACAAGUAUUGGGUACUUUCCAUGGUGAUGGUGAUUUAUCCACCUUUCCCGAGAACAUUGAAAAAAAUAAUGCUCAUUCUUCUGAUGCCUUGUCAGGUGAUGCUACUGGUUGGGCUGAUGAUCAGAAGACUGAAGUUGAAGCUGAGUCAUCUUGUCAUUUAGUUGAGAUGGCUAACUCUGAGUCAUUGACAAAAAAGAUAACAAAUGACAGUGAUGCUGACAAAAAAUGGGGCAAGGAAAAGAGUCAUGACAUUUGUUUUCAGGAAAGUGAGCACAGUUGGGACAUAUCUUCUCUCAAGGGUGAUGAGAAUGCACGUAUGGAAGCCACAGAGGCUGAUUUGGAGGAGGAACUGCUAAUUCUAGACCAAGAAUGUAUGGAUCUGGGAGAUGAGCGAAGAAGGCUUGAACGUAAUGUAGAAUCUGUCAGCAGUGAAAUGUUCACCGAAUGUCAGGAGCUACUGCAAAUUUUUGGUAUACCAUACAUUAUUGCACCAAUGGAAGCAGAAGCCCAGUGUGCGUAUAUGGAACUUGCCAACCUUGUUGAUGGUGUGGUAACUGAUGACUCUGAUGUGUUCUUGUUUGGGGCACGAAGUGUUUACAAAAAUAUAUUCGAUGAUCGGAAAUAUGUUGAGACAUAUUUCAUGAAGGAUGUUGAGAAUGAGCUUGGCCUAAGCAGAGAGAAAUUAAUUCGUAUGGCACUUCUUCUUGGAAGUGAUUAUACUGAAGGAGUUAGUGGGAUCGGCAUUGUCAAUGCUAUGGAAGUUGUAAAUGCAUUUCCCGAGGAGGAUGGCCUCCAUAAAUUCCGGGAUUGGAUUGAAUCACCAGAUCCUACCAUUCUAGGGACGUUUGAUGGAGAAAUAGGAUCUAGUGCAAAGAAAAGGGGCUCUAAAUUUGGGGAUAAGGAUAUCAAUAUGAAGAGCAGUAUGGAAGAAGUGUCUGAGCAAAAACAAGAGCACCAGCAGUCAGCUGAUCUUAUUGAAGAAACAAAGCAAACUUUCAUGGAUAAGCAUAGAAAGGUGAGCAAAAAUUGGCAUAUUCCCCCCACUUUCCCAAGUGAAGCAGUGACUUCUGCUUAUAUUUGUCCACAGGUGGACAAAUCAACUGAGCCCUUCACAUGGGGAAAGCCAGAUCAUUUUUUUCUUCGCAAAUUAUGUUCAGAAAAGUUUGGCUGGGCUAGCCAGAAGGCAGAUGAAUUGCUAAUACCCGUUCUGAACGAGUACAACAAACGUGAGACUCAACUGCGGCUGGAAGCUUUUUACACUUUUAAUGAAAGAUUUGCAAAAAUUCGUAGUAAGAGAAUCAAGAAAGCUGUAAAAGGUAUCGCAGGAAAUCAAUCUUCAGAGUUGGUGGAUGAUGCUACACAAAAAGGUUCAAGAAGCAGAAAGAAGAGAACCACGAGUACUGAUGAAGCUGGGAAUAACAAAUCAGAGAAACUGUCAGAGGGAACAGAUAAAAGUGUUCUUAAGAAGCAGAGCGAUUCUAAGGGAAAAUCAACAGCUAAGCAGUCAAGGAAAAGGAGGACCACUGAAGAGCCUGCUCCAUCUAAGCGACCAAAGCCUGCUGAAGCUGGACGAUCAACCAAUAGAAAAUUGCAUGCAAAUGGAAACGACAUAGGAAGAGGCAGGAGGGUAUUAGGAAGUGGAAAGGAAAAGGUAAAUCCCAAUUUUGAAGUAUCUGAAACCAGCUCUGGCAAUGGUGAUGACGAUAAUGAUGGGAUGGACCUUCAUACCGAUACAAUAGAAGGGUUGGGAGAAAUGCGCAGGUCUGGGCGUCUGCGGAAGCCUGUAAAUUACACAGUCGAUGACUUAGACGUUGAUGAUCUUGAUGAGCCACUAGAUCACGGUAAUGCAAAAUGCUCCAAUGCAGAGACAGGGGAACAAGUUAUAUCUCGGGAUGAAGGAAAAUGCGAAGCAAGUGCUUCUUCUCUCAGCGAAAAGAAACAGCAGAAUGAAGGGAAUUUGUCUCCCAAUGUGGGUCUGCAUGAAGAUUAUCUUGAAACAGGAGGUGGGUUCUGCCCCAUUGAAGAUGAAACUGGUGAACCAGGUUUGAGCCAACAUGGUGAUCCUUCUUUCGAGGCUGAGGUUUCUGAAGACUACCUUAAGACAGGAGGGGGGUUUUGCGGAGAUGAAAGUGAGACUGGUAAUGACCAAGAUGGAAUUCGUGUUCAAACGAAAGCAACAGCUUCAGAGAAUUCUGAUCUUCCCAAUUUCUCUGGCAUUGUCAACGUGGUUGACAUUGGUCAUAUUUCAGCUCAAUCCAGCAUCGGCAACAAAAGACCAUUAGUCGGAUUUCAAAGUAGUGAGAGGACGGAAGCCUAUGAUACGGAACAGAAAAUAAAUCAUGAGACUGCUACAAGUAACGAUGAUCAAACGAAGGUCAAUACGACAUUGCCAGAAAAUAGCGUGGAUAAUUCUCGGCAGCCAUCCGGGGGAGCUCUAUGUGCAAUGCCUUUCCUGAGGAAAAAAAGGAGGAAGACCUGAGGCUUGCAUAAAUCUAUAUGCAUAAUCUCCUUCUCCUUUGUGGCCUCUCUUUGGGUCUUGUUAGCUUCUGAUACUCCGGUCUAUGUUUUAAAUCGGAUGUGUAAUACAUCACAAACUUUCUCUU